AUGAAAACAUGGCUGCAAUGGGUACGAGCAUGUGGAAGACUGGAUCUAGAACUUAAAGGUCCAGAAUAUGCCCACCAGAAUUGUCGUUUGUGCCAUUUGCAUUUUGAAAACAAAUGGUACAAAAUUAAUAAAGUUAGGGCUCGUCUUCACCCAGAUGCUGUACCCACUAUAUUUUUUGGACCAAGUUUUCAACAACAGGACAACACAGCACCCGAACAAACAACACAACAAAGUGAGGAAAAUGUGGUUAAAGAGAAAGUAGAUAGAAAUACAUGUGCUGAGGCAAUUGUUGCAGAAAUGCAAGUGCAAGAAGAUAAUAGCAAAGCAGAAACUUCACAAACAAUCGUCCCAAUUAUUGUCAGUGACGUAGAAAUAACUCAACCGAGCACAUCCACUAGCAAGAAGCCUGCAGUUAGGACUAAAUCGUCCAAUGAUAGCCCGAGAAAAAAGAAAUUGCGAGAGAAAUUCCAAAAAUUAAAGGCGCAAGAUAAAGUAAUGCGUGAAACAAUCCGACGGCUUCGUAUGGAAAAGAAGAAGAAAGCUACAAAAGUUGAAGAAGAAAACAAAUUCGAUCAACUAAUAAAACUAGGCC